AUGGAUGACACAAGUGCCCAGUUUCCAGUGGGGAUGCGGGUUCUUGCAGUUGAUGACAAUGCCACUUGCCUCAAGCUCUUGGAGACUCUGCUUCAGAAGUGUGGAUAUGAUGGUUUGCUUUGCCUCGUAACUCUGUUGCCUUUAUGGGCGCUGUCCAUCUGUGGUUGGAAAGCUUCUUUGGUGACCACUACUAGCAAAGCAGUCACGGCACUAAAGCUCUUACGAGAAAAGGAUAGCGAGUUCAACCUCGUCAUAAGCGAUGUCCACAAUAUGCCCGAUAUGGAUGGCUUGAAGCUGCUCGAAUUUGUGGGACUCGAAUUGGACUUACCCGUCAUCAUGCUUUCAGCGGAUGAUGACCACGAUGUGGUAAUGAAGGGCAUCACCCACGGGGCUUGUGAUUAUUUGGUGAAACCGGUUCGGUUGGAGGAGGUUAAGAAUAUCUAUCAACAUGUGCUCCGGAGAAAGAAACUCAACCAAGAGAACCUGAAGAAGUCACAAACUGAUCAUAUUACUGAGCCUUCAUGUGGGAAAGUCAGGAGAAAGAGGAAAGACGAGAAUGAGAUGCGUGAUGAUAACGUGCAGAAACAGGAUGUGGAUCCUUCAAGAACCAGAAAGAGGACUCGGCUUAAUUGGUCUCAGGAGCUUCACUUUAAGUUCAUUAAAGCUAUUGAUCAUUUGGGGAUUGAGAAGGCCGUGCCGAAGAACAUUCUGGAGCUGAUGAAUGAUGAGAACAUAACUCGAGAGCACGUUGCGAGCCAUUUGCAGAAAUAUAGGCUCUCUCUGAAAAAGGCUAGAAAUUUGGCAAAUGAAAAAGUGAAGGCGGCUCUCCAAGCUUCUGCCAAUUCUUCUUACGCCCAAACAGGGUUGCUCAGCGGGACUGGGACGGCACAUCUUCAAAGUUUGGGAGGACCUCGGAAUCUCCGAGGCGUAGCUCUUAGGCCCUUCACAUCCAGUUCUGUUCUUGCCCAAUCUAAUAACAACCAAAUAAGUUAUGCGCAAGGCCUGAACAACCCAAUGUUCGGUCAGGGAGUCCACAACUCAGCUAAUUUCUCGAUCCCUUACAGGCCGCAUGAUCUAGGGACUAGCUUUGGAGGGUUGUAUUUCCAGCCCUGCAUUACAAGAAAUCAAGCUUGGUCCUGUCAAUCACCCAUCCGUGGUGUUUGUAAUGAAGUUUGGUCUUCUGCUGCUCAGCUGACUCAGAACCUUCCAAAUCCGUUCCCUCUGAUCGACUUCUCAAACCAGGCUUCUUCAUCCGUCCUCUACAAUUUGCAGGAGGACUCAUUGACCUUUCCAUUGCCAGCAGGCGGUGAUUUACGAAAAACACAUUGCCAAGCAACCCAGACCAACAAGAUUUCACAAGGGACCCUGGAUUUUAUCGAACAACCGCGCGCCGAAUUCCUUUUACUGCCCCCGCCGGAGACAGAUGAAGUUCAAAGAUCAGUAAGCGAGUCAGAUACGGAGCCAAAAGAACAUGUCAAUUACCUAGAGAAGCUCCAGGAAACCAAUUUCCUUGCAUCCAAGUCACCGAGCCAUGGUUCUCUCGAAGAUCUCGUUAACUCGAUUCUGAAAUCAUGAUACAGGAACAGGAGACAACGCAAAGCGGCUUGACACGGAAUUCGGGUUUGAAAAGUAUCCUGACUCCUGCAGUUGACACAUGAAUAUUGCGUAGAGAAGAAUGAUUUGAUCUAAUCGUCAAUACUUCUGCUCUAAUAAAAUUAUGAUUCUGUCUUUCGUUGGCUGGAUCAUUUUUGGGUUAUGUUUCGAAAUUUAAGGCUUCAGUUCUCAUAAUUCAGUACAGCCGGUGCUUCCGGUCAACUGAUAAGAUGCUGGGAAGUUCUUUUGGAAAUUCUCUGCAAUGCUGUCAAUAAUAACUUUUGUUAACUAGCUUGCUUUUGAUGAAACAACUUGUUUAGGAGAAAUGCAUUCUAAAUUCAAGAGCGAAUCUUUACGGGUUUCACAUUUUGUCAGUUAAAUCAAUGCCAUAAGUUACAGUACAGAAAAAGUACCAAACAUCCCAUAUACUAAUUACUUUCGGAACACACAUCAGUUAGCAAUCAGAGAUAGGUCCCAGCUCCAAGCAACUCGGUCACAUGUACGUAAGUUCAUGCUUGUAU